AUGAAAUUUGACAGAUGGGGUUAUGAAGUGAAUACUUGUUCUGAUGCUUGUUUAUCUGCUAUCAAUUCUUACUAUCUUCAGGUUCUUAGCUAUGGAAGAAAGAGGUCAGUAAUAUUGGAAGCUACGAUAAAUGAUCCAAAAUGCGUUCUGGGAAACAUUUUAGCUGCCCAUUUUCUCUGUUCCUCAGACCCUUCUCGUGCUCUUCCACUAAUCGAUGCUGCCAAGUCUGGUCUUGAACAUGCUAGUUCAUAUGAGAAAGCGGUGUUUGAUGCCUUGUACUAUUUAAUUUCACCGGAUAGAGAUGAUGAUGUGGCAGUGGAGCUACAUUCUAAGCUUUGUCAUGUAUAUCAGUACGAGUGUCAUUUCAAGGAAGCAGUGAAUUUCAUGGAAGAAUGUGCAAGAUCGUGGAGUUCAUUGUCAUCUUUUAUGUAUACGCAUAAUUGGUGGCAUGUUGCUCUGUGUUACUUGGAAGGUCGUGCUCCUAUGGAGAAAGUACGAGAGGUUUAUGACCAGCAUAUAUGGAAAGAACUCGAAAGAACUGAUGCUGUGUCUGUAGAAGUAUACUUAAAUGCUGUUGGUCUGUUACUGCGUGUGCAUGUACAUGGUGGACUUGAUAUGUUUGAGGACCGUCUGAAGAUCUUAGCUAUUUGUCUGAAAGAUAGAGCCUUUUGGUAUCUCGAGUGGCACCUGGAUAUCUUGAUACUGUGGGCCUUAUCAUUUACGGGAGAAUUUGCUGCAGCAGAAAAUCUAUUAGAAGGCUUAAAAUCCAGGAUUUCUACAAUGAACAAGAAGAAGAAGCAGUUGAUGCAGAUUGGAGUUCAGCUUGCAGAAGCACUCUGCGAGUAUGGGAAAGGUGAAAAUGAGAAGGCAUUGGAGUUUCUUGGACACGAAUUCAAUGUCCUUAACUGUAAGAUAAUUGGGGCAUCAGAUGAACAACUCGACGUAUUCAAUGAAAUAUGGAUCAGUUUGCUUCUAAGUACUGGACAAGCAUCGCGAGCUAUCCAAGCCAUCGAAAAACAGUUGAAGAAACGAGAACGUGCACCAUUCUUGUGGUGCCUCCUGGAGAAAGGUUAUUCAAUAUUAGGGAGGCCGGAAGCUGCAAGGUUUCGCGACAAAGCUAGAAUGUUGGAUGUUUCACAUUUCAUUUAA